GCCUCAAAUGUCAAAGGAGCAUUCCUUCAGGCCCACGUUUAGACUGGGGAAGAUGGGCACUGGACCUAUUCCUUGCUCUGCUGCACAGCUGCACAUUCUAACAUUGUUAGAAAAUGUUAAGGAACAGCAAACACAGCUUGCCUUUGCUGUCAGUAAUCUUGCUGCACGACUGGGGACAGAAAAUCCUGUGGCUGAAAUGCCUCACAAUAUCAGUGUUCCACUGGCCACUAUGCCUGAAGUUGAGGAGCUGGAGGAGUGGCUUAAAGAUUCAAGAAACGCACGGGCUAAACAAAACAUGAUAUCUGCUCUGGGUGCUGUUGGAGGACAAAACACCAAAAGAAUCACCUGGAACAUACUUCAUAGGCUUUUCUCAGAUUCAGUAGCUAAAAAAAUUAACUGGAAAGGAGUCAAUGGGAAGAAGUGUUUCAAAGAAAUGCACACAAGAAGUUUGUUGAUCAGAGCUGUAAGGAGUAACCCGUCCUCUACCGGAGCAGCAGAUACUGACAUCGAUUCUUACGCUAUCCGUUGGUUCAAUCUUGCCUCUGACCGUGGCGGCGGCCGGAAAGAACGUGAAAGAGCCAAAGAGGCAUUAACUGAGAUAUCUCAUGGGAAUUAAAUCGCACAUGUGAAUGGGUUUGUUGUUCCAUGGCUUUGCUACCCGUUCUGUUUGGUUCAUGAUGGGUCUGCGGUUCAUAAUAUGAACAUUUUUUUGAUGCAGCUUUUUGCUGCCUCUUUCUACUCAAGAAAGAAGA